UCUCCGCCGUGUACUACUGUGUGGUGUGUCGAAUGCAGCGUGCGAGAAACUUUAAUCGGACAAAAUAACAAGAGAGCACGAGUAAAUAUAGUGCUUUGAUAUAUCGCGGCGUAGCAUUCUACAAUUCCAUCGUAGUCGCCGGCAGUCACGAAUAUAUUUUCGCAAUGAAUCAGGAUAGCAACAAACCUCCGUUAAAGAGGUACAGACGGGAAGAGGAGGAGGAGGAGGAGGACAGUCAUUCGGACACAGAUGACGAUUACGAGCCGUACGUAUCUGCCAAGAAUCGUAAAAAGCAGCUGCUCGUGAGACUAGGCAAGCUCGGGCAGUUGAAAGAGGAAGCCGCCAAUGGCGUUGGCAAGAGCAGCAGCGAGAACGAGAGGGACGAUGCCGACAACGACGAUGGACAGGUUUGGGGAAGGAAGUCCAACAUCUCUCUUCUCGACCAGCACACCGAAUUGAAGAAAUUAGCCGAAGCCAAGAAGGAGAGCGCCAUGGAGAAGCAGCUGAAGGAGGAGGAGAAGAUCCUGGAAAGCGUGGCUGAGAAUAAAGCCCUGAUGGGAGUGGCUGAGUUGGCCAAGGGUAUUCAAUAUAAGGAUCCUAUCAAGACCAGUUGGCAGCCGCCCAAGGUGAUACUUGGUCUCGGCGAGGUGCGUCACGAGAGAGUACGCAGGAAGCUCAGGAUACUUGUGGAGGGCGACGAGGUACCGCCACCCUUGAAAACCUUCAAGGAGAUGAAAUUUCAUAAAGGAAUCCUGUACGGACUGGAACAGAAGGGUAUCGUCAAGCCAACUCCGAUCCAAGUCCAAGGAAUACCCACAGUAUUAUCUGGUCGUGACAUGAUCGGUAUAGCUUCCACUGGUAGCGGUAAAACGUUGGUGUUUGUUUUACCUAUCAUUGAGUUCUGUUUGGAGCAAGAACUCGAUAUGCCGUUCAUUAAAAAGGAGGGGCCUUACGGCUUGAUAAUAUGUCCCUCGAGAGAAUUGGCUAAGCAAACCUUUGACAUAAUUCGGCAUUACACCAGUUGCUUGAGGCAAAUGGACUGUCCGGAAAUACGUUGUUGCUUGGCGAUCGGAGGUGUGCCGGUUUCAGAGUCAUUAGCCAUAAUCAACAAAGGCGUACAUAUAAUGGUAGCGACACCGGGACGAUUGAUGGACAUGUUACAUAAGAAGAUGGUCACUUUAAGUGUGUGCCGUUAUCUUUGCAUGGACGAGGCGGAUCGCAUGAUCGAUAUGGGAUUCGAGGAAGAUGUGCGAACAAUAUUUUCAUUUUUCAGGGGUCAGAGGGAAACGCUUUUAUUCUCCGCUACUAUGCCGAAAAGAAUUCAAAACUUUGCGCGUUCUGCGCUGGUGAAGCCCGUAACGAUCAACGUUGGCCGUGCUGGUGCCGCGUCGAUGAAUGUAAUACAGGAGGUGGAGUAUGUCAAACAAGAGGCUAAGAUCGUUUAUCUCUUGGAGUGUCUGCAAAAGACUGCGCCGCCGGUCUUGAUAUUCGCAGAGAAGAAACGCGACGUGGACGCCAUCCACGAGUAUCUGCUCAUAAAAGGGGUGGAAGCUGUCGCGAUACACGGAGGAAUAGAUCAGGAGGAAAGAUCGCGUUCGGUAGAAGCGUUUCGCGGGGGUCGUAAAGAUGUACUUGUUGCGACAGACGUUGCAUCGAAGGGUCUUGAUUUCGCUGAUGUGCAACAUGUCAUUAAUUACGACAUGCCGGACGAUGUAGAAAAUUAUGUGCACCGGAUAGGACGAACAGGCCGUUCCGGGCGUACUGGUAUAGCGACAACUUUCAUUAAUAAAGCGAACGAUGAAUCAGUAUUACUCGACCUUAAACAUCUGCUGAUGGAAGCGAAGCAAAAGGUACCACCGUUCUUGCUGGAACUCUGCUCGGAGAAUGAGAAAUAUCUUAAUCUGGGAGACGAACGCGGCUGCAGUUACUGCGGUGGACUUGGACACAGGAUUACAGAGUGUCCGAAGUUGGAGGCUGUGCAGAAUAAGCAGGCGUCCAAUAUUGGGCGUCGCGAUUAUCUAGCCAGUAACGCCGCUGAUUACUAAGCGAUACAUUUUUUAAAUAAAACUGUAAAUAUUUAUUGUAAAUAAUUACCAUAAAUCUAAGAGUAUUUCUAUGACAAUAUUAUUUAAGCAGUAGUUAAUAAAAAGAAAAAAUAAAAGAAAAAGUAAAAUAUGGUAAAUACUCGAA